CUAACUGCAUCAGCACACUCUCAUUCAGGUGUAGGCAAUUUUUUUAUAUAUACACAUAUUCACUAUACCAUUGGUAUGAUGAUGUAAUUGGAUUUUUUUUGUAUAUAUCAGAGUAUAUUAAAUUAUAUUCAAAUGUUUUGUAAAGUGUAAGAAUGCACUUCAACAUGAAUUUCAAACACUUCAGAUUACAGCUGUUAUGGUUGCUUUAAGGUCAUGUUUUUCUCUUCAAGUCACUUCAGUGAUGCAGUGUAUUAAGUAUGUAUGGAAUUCAUUCAGGGUUUUUUUUUUUUUUUAAUGAAAUUUGCCAACUUUUUGUUCCUUUUGAAGAGUGUAAUGUGGUUAUUGGCUGUUCUUUUUGUGAAUACAAUGUGAAUAUGCAUCACCAUGAAUGCAGAUUUUCAAUGUUUUUUGUUCUAAAUCUGUAGAAGUGAAGUGCAAGUUCUUAAAGAACUGAAGAGAACCAUUACAAAACAUUUCAAAACGCAGAGCUUUAAAGUAAAGUUCAGACUUAAAUUCAAGUCUUAAAAUAUUUUUUUGUUCAGGUUAUAUUCAAUGGAUUCAGAAUGCCGAGCCCAUAUUGAUUUUUUUUUUUUUUUUUUUUUUUUAAAUCAAAGAAUGAUUAAGACAUAUUUUAGGUUCUGCAGUAUUCUAGGUCACUUAUUAAAUUUGUGAAUUUAUGAUACUAAUAAUGUAAACUCCAUACAGUCAAGCAAAAAGACUGCAGCAAAAGACUCUCUGGAACAUUCUAAAAUCUGGAGAACUCUGAUUUUACAUAAACUUGUGAAGUUUUAACAGAAACUGUUAUGCUUAUAACGCAAUUUUGUAAUAAAAUUGCAAUCAAUCAAUCAGUCAGUCAAUCAAUCAAUAAAACAAUAAAGUAUUUCUACUAGUAGUCCAGAUUUAGAGACUGAAUAUCUGAAAAUCUAAUAUUUCCAGAGACAUGGACAUUGAAGACUUGAAUUUCAUUUAAGUUUUUUAGUGCAUUGCACUGAGUGCACAACAUGCAGUUUGUAUAACUUUUAUCCAGCUCAAUUGGGUAUUUUUUCAUCCCAACCCAUUUCUUAGUCUAGCAUUUUACCAUCUAAUUAUGUUUUCCCUCUGCCCCCAUCUAAACCGCUGCCCCGCCCCCUUUCCUGAUGCUGACUUCCGACCAACCAUCUGAUGCUCUGACUUGGCGGCCUAUAGAUAGUGUUGUCCUCUCUGCGUUACGGAAUAAUCAGUGGCUCCUGGGUGGAGCAAGUACAUCUGUGGCGCUUCAAGGGUGUCAUACAGUGUCUGCCAAUUAUCGCCACCACCUUCUGCUGCCACCCAUGGUGCUCUCCUCCUUCAAACACGGCCUCCUCACUGGCCAGUGGCUGAACAAGGUCAUUUACGUUCGGUGGGAGGGCGUCUUUCGCUGCAUCCCUAUCUGUGGCAUGGCAUUUGCCUGUCAGUCGCAAGUAUUGCCCACUUACGACAGCCUGGAUGAGCCCUCUGUGAAGAGGAUGAGCACAAUAUUCACCUCCUCGCUCAACGUGGUCACGACCUUCUACAUCACAGUGGGCUUCUUUGGCUAUGUGAGCUUCACUGAUAACAUUGCCGGGAACGUACUGAUGAACUUUCCAUCAAACCUGGUAACGGAAAUGAUCCGUGUGGGCUUCAUGAUGUCUGUGGCUGUGGGCUUUCCCAUGAUGAUCCUGCCCUGCAGACAGGCCAUCAACACCAUGCUCUUCGAGCAGCAGCAAAAGGAUGGCACCUUUGCUGCAGGUGGGUACAUGCCACCCCUCCGUUUCAAGAGCAUCACUCUUUGCAUUGUUUUUGGCACCAUGUUGGGCGGCAUCCUUAUUCCUAAUGUGGAGACCAUCCUGGGUCUGACUGGAGCCACCAUGGGCAGUCUGAUCUGCUUCAUCUGUCCAGCUCUCAUCUACAAGAAGAUCAUGAAGAAUGCCUGGACCGCACAGCUGGUUCUGUGGGUUGGUCUCGGCAUCCUGCUCAUCAGUACCUUCACCAUGAUGUCCAUUUCCCCCAACGAGCCACAGAAAUUAAACCCCCCUCUUGACAUCCCUGCAAAAACUGAGAACAAGCCUCCCAUCCUCAUUGCCCCUGAGCUGCCUGAAGUACAAGUGCAAGAGAACAGACUGGAACCUGAUCCAGGAAAGAAGCCAGAUAGGCCACCUAUUGAGGUUGAACAGCCAGCAGAGAAGGCAGCAGCAGAGCCCCCUCAAAUUAAAGUACCUGUGGAAGUGGCUGAGCAAAACAAUAAGGAUGAUAAGGUUCAGCUGGACCGCCCUGAAGCAGGUAAUGCAGGUGUUGCGGUCCCAGAAGGGGAAGCCCAUCGCCAUGAGCCGCCCAACCCUCAUGACAGAGUUCAGAUAGAAGAGAUCAAAAACCUGCAGGAACUGGAGGACGAGAAUAAACAACCUAUAGUUGUGGAGGGGGAAAAGAAACUGCCUGCUGGCGAGGAGGAGGAGCUUCUUGCUGAGCAGGGGGCGGGGCAAGCACAAGAGGCGGAAGCUGUAAAAGAGGAGGAGACUAAAGAAAAAGAAGAUAUGGUGAAAAGGGCUGUCGAUCAGGACCAGCAUGCAGUUAAUGAAGUGUUGGACAAGGCAAAAAAUCCUGAGGAUCUGAAGAAGGUUGAACCCUUGGUGGUAGAUAAACAACCAGAAGUGCCUGAAGUGAAGGAACAGCAUGAUGAGAAUGAAGCAGCCCAAGAGAAGAAGCCAGAGGAGAUGGACAAAGCCCCUGAACUCCAGGGUGAAAAAUUGAAAGAGCACAAGGAACAGAAAGUUGCAGAUGAAAAGGAUGGAGGGGUGGACAAGGAUGCAGAUGGGGACAAGAUGGAAGUGAUUAAAAAGAUUGUUGCAGAGGGUCAGUUGGACCAUGCUGUGCUGCUCCAGGUAAUUAAGGAGCAGCAGGAACAGCAGAAAAGGCUUCUGGACCAACAGGAAAAACUCCUGGCUGUGAUUGAGGAGCAACACAAGGAGAUCCACCAAAUUAAGGAGGUUGAAGAAGAACCAAAGGCAGCAGAACAGCAGAAAAGACAUGUGGACCAUGAGGAAAAACAGUUAGAUGUGAAUGAGGAGGUUCAUCAAGUAAAGGAAGGAGAAGCUGAGCCAAGGGUAGCAGCAGGAGAGGGUGUAGGUGAAGUGGAGAACGUAGCUGCAGCUGACGCAGUACCUGAAGUCCCAGAAGCAAAAGAGGCUCAUGUCGCAGGUGGUCUUCCCAACAAUGCCCUUGAAUUGGUGAAAGAUCCCAAGGAGGAGGAGCUGAAAAAUGAAGCAGGGCAUGAUGGAGCACUACCUCCAGAGGUCGGUGCCCGAGGUGUUCCUCUGCGUUCUCGAGAACCAGAACUGCCCAAAAUCAAUCCUGGCUCUCUUGCAGAAGAGGAGGAGAGAGUGAGGCAGAAAUUGGCCCAACUGGAGGCAGAGAAGGAGAAAAUAGAGAAAGAAAAGCUGGAGAAGGAAAGGAUUGAGAAAGAGGUACAGGCCCGUGUUGAAAAGGAGCGGAAGGAACGAGAACGACGAGAGGAACUGGCACGUGAGCACGAGCUAGAACGUGUGCGGCAGCAAAAGGAACAGCUAGAGAAGGAAAGGCUUGAAGCAGAGAGAUCGAAACUUGAAAGAGAGAAGAUGGAUAAAGAGAUCAUGGAGCGGGCCGAGAAGGAGAAAAGAUUGUUGGAACAGAAGGAGCGGCUAGACCAGCUGCAGCGGGUCAUUGAUGCCCGACAUGUGCAGCAGGGCAAGGGUAGUCUCGAGGAUGAGAGUUUGAAACAGGAACGAGAGAAGACUGAGAAGGAGAUCAUGGAGCGUGCAGAGAAAGAGAAAAGGAUACUCGUGCAGGAAGAACAACUAGAAAAACUACAGCAGGUCAUUGAUGCAAAGAAGGAUGAUAAUGCACCCCAAGCGGAAGUCCUGCAGAUGCCUAAGCAACAGGGAGCCAGGGACUUGAAGGAGAAUAUAAUUCCACCAGAAGAGGUGAAGAAAGAGGAAAAGAGGAGCAGAGAGGAUGGAGGGCUGGAACUUAAGAGGAGACGCAGAGCCGUGGACCCCGAGGGCGGAGGAGACGCUGACCUGGAUCUUCUGCGGGACACAGGAGGUUUAGAUUUACAUGCUGACCUAAAGGGGCAGCUCCUGGCGGGACCUCUGAUUCACACACGCCAGCUUAAACAGACGUUUCAGAGUCAGGAGAAUGAAGACUAGAAGUAGGUUGGUCUUCUGGAACCCAGUGGACCUCUCAGUGGACCUCUCAAAUACUUAAGUGAUUUGGCAGUGAGAAGAAACUCUUUCCUUCUCAUUUGAAAAGUUAUUGCCUUUAUCUAAGACAUAACAUUCCUUUUGGGUUCAUGAUGACAGUUGGCACUUUGAUUUGAUCCUUUAGUUGUCCGUCGGGAACACUGAAUCCGUAGACCCUUAUGAGCUUCCAUUAUUGUUUUGUGUGAGAUUUUGCUGAAUCUGGUGCAAUAAAAGGAAUGUCUGGUGUAAUAAACUGAGCAGGCAUCACAUUAAAAACGGACCUUGAUGGGCACACAGGGCAUUUCAGAAUAUUGUGUUUUGGACUGUCGCAUAGAAAAACAGCACCCCCUUGUGGCUGCUAUGGUAAAUUGUAUUGCAAGUUCUAAAGUGUAAUGUCACUGUUGCAUAUUUCCUUUUUGAAGUUUUAUCUUCUGUGAAUAAAACUAAAAGCCAUAUUAACAUGAGAUGCUGUUAUAAAAAAAUAUAUAUAUUUUAUUUUCUUCUAGGAACUUUGUUUUCUUCUUUAGGAACUAUAGACCAUUUACUGUACCUUAGUGUUUUCAGUCUGCUAUUCUGUAUAUUGAAACUGGAGUUAAUGUUACCUUGGCCAUCAUGUUCAGUGGUCCGUCUGGUUGCUUGAAUAGUUCUCAUCUGUAUCUACGAUAACUCUGUAUGCGUGCGUGCGUGUGUGUGUGAGGGUGUGUAUUCAGGAACAGAUUUUCUUUUCAUAUAGUUAACUAUCAGAACGAGUAGUUAGUCAGACCAGCUAUAAGUGAAUGAAAUAUUUGUAUGUAUGUUUUUUUUUAAAUUUAGGCUUCUUUUGGUUGUUUCAGUGUGUUUAACUUGUCUGUGACUCUGUUUUAUUACUUUGUGAAAGUACUCAACCCUCAUCUUUUGAGGUUGAUCUUAAACUGGAGCAUAUAUUCUGGAUUUAGUGUGAAUUUAACAUGAAUGUUUCCCACAGUCAAUUCCUUGUUUUCACUGUGCAGUGGGUUUCUUGAGGGUUGCAUUACUUUUCUCGUGAACAUUCCAUAUUUUUGCCUGUGAAAAUUUGAUUCUGGUCAGUGCCUUAUGGGGUUUCUGUUUUGCAGUGAUGUGUAUGUGAAGUCUGUUACAUCCACACUGUGUGUGGAUUGAAACUUUUUGUCUGCAUUUUCUAUACCUUGCUGGUUAAACUUGUGAUUGACUAUUCUCUUGAUGAACUUCCUGAUCUCGCUUUUGGAGAUCUUUUUCUUAUUUAAAAAAGAACAUAAAUAUAUAGAGGUAUGAGUAUGAGUUUAAUGGAAUCAUGUCUCUCUUACUUGUCAGUAACACUGCUCAAUUAUCCAUAUACAGGUGUUUAGUUACCAGAUGAUGUGUAGAUCUCUUAAAAGAGUUACAUGUUAGCAGAUUUCAGAGGUUGAUGACUCUUUGACCCAAACAUUUUAUUUUGUUCUUUAAUUGGGAUAAAUUAAUAAAUUAUAUAACAGCA